AAUUACGUAUACUUUUCCAACCGUUGGCGUCGAAUUGCUUUUAAGUGAAUUGCAUGGUGUCUUGCUUUUAUCUGUGUAUCAUACAGAUUAGAUCAUAAACAACGUAGGUUAAAGUGGUUGCUCAUUAGCACUCAUAAUCAAAUAAUUCAAUGACGGAUUGCGCGAGAGUAAACUAGCGUUUAGCGUGUUUAGGGCAUGGUCAAAGUGUAAAGCGACCGAUUUCGCGGAUUAGCCAGUGUGGCAUCGCAAUAUUGAUAUUACGUCACAAGCGCGCCAAAACUGACGUUCUGUGAGGGGGAAGUAUCAAGCCGCUGCAUUAUAUUUUAUGCAAACAUAUUCACACAUGUUGAAAUGAUCGGUUGGUUUUUGUCCCUGGCAGAGCAGAGACUGAAAGGGUAGGAAUCUUUGCGUACGUGUCAAGUUUUUUUCUUCUAUCUUUCUGUUCUGGGUUCAUGUAUAAUUAAACAGAAGGGUGAUAUCCCGGGGAGACCCAGAAGCUCUCCGUACCAGUAGAACUUACACAAACUGUUGUUCACUGCGACUGCCCCCCGUACGCUCUAUUUAUACAAGAACCAACGAUCCGAAAAAUUUUGAGGUAGAGCUCAUUUCAGCGACUCGGAAUCUACUACUUUGAAGCUCUCUGAGAAUCAACUGAUCAACGAUAAUUCUUUAAUUGACUAAUCUGAUAAAAAUGUCCAUGUUUUCGGAUUACCCGACCAUUACUGAUUCCAUUCGCGGCCCCGGAGUAUUGGACAUGUUGGGAGGAACUAUACCCCGUCCCCCUGAUCUAUCUUUGGGGAACAGACCAGAAUCGUACAACCAACACACAAUCGAAGGAAUUCUCGGAACACGCGGUAGAGAGGGCCUGUCUUUGGAGCGAAUCAAUAAAGACAUGGAAAGAGAGAUUAAUAAGACCAUCCAUCAUGGUUCAAAUGAAAAUACUCCGUCAUCUUUGGAUAAAACGGAAUCUCCGGGAAACAGUGUAAAAUCCGGACCAAAUUCUCCGGAUAAAUUUAUCAAACAGGAGACAGACGACAAUGAUGACGAUGUAAAGAAAGACGAUAUUAGCGAUGGGGACAAAAGCAAGAAACGCCGAAAUCGGACUACGUUUACCAGCUUCCAGUUGGAAGAAAUGGAAAGAGUAUUCCAGAAAACCCAUUAUCCGGACGUGUAUGCACGUGAACAGCUAGCAUUGAGGUGUAACCUCACAGAAGCAAGGGUUCAGGUUUGGUUUCAAAACCGUCGGGCCAAGUGGAGAAAGAGGGAGCGGUUCGGUCAGCUGCAGGGAAUGAGGGCGAUGACGGGCGGAUCCAACCCGUACGACUUCCAGCUCACACCAAGACAUGAUGCUUAUCCGCAGCUUCAACACAACCCGUGGGCAACAUCACCUCAAAUUCCUUAUUCUAUGCAAAAUUCCACUUGCAUGGCCUCGCAGUCCACAGUCCCCAAUUUUAUGGGACUGGCACAUCCUAGCCAUUUGUCGUCAUAUCCUGUCAGCCACCAGCCGACAAUGUCCCUACCCGUGUCUCAAUCGCCGCCGCUUGAUCCGUGCGAAAAUUCCGAGAGAAGAAGCACUAGUAUUGCCGCUCUUAGACUCAAAGCCCAUGAACACGGGGUGGCCAUGGGAAUAUUUGGUGCGUAUGGCAAGUGACAAUCAAUGUGGAGAAAAAAAUGACAAUAUAUUCAAAGAUGUGGACCUAAAACUGUGUUGUAAGUAAUUCGGUGUAUAUAAAUUAUUGUCUGGAAUGUGAAGAAAUGUCACGUUGACUUGAAUUUAUUUUACAGAUAUGCGUCCUACUGGUUUAAUGUAUAUUUGUAAGAAUGUGCAAAGAUUUAUACAACUGUGCCUCUGAAUGGAUUAUAUCGUAUUUUGUAUAUAAAAAUCAUUAACCCCCAUU